AUGUCUUCUUUGAGGGUCGGUGUGAUCGGCGCAACGGGGAUGACGGGGUCUCAUGCGACCGUGGAGUUGAUCAACAGAGGGCACCAUGUUGUUGGGGUAUCGAGAGACCCUUCAAGGUUGGGGAAGCACGAGCUCUAUGAGCCCAGAAGCAUCGACCUCGGCAGCUCGGACGUCUUGGACAUAUCAAAACAACUCUAUGGAUUGGAUGUAGUUGUCAACGCCUAUGGGCCCCACAGCCAGCUUGGAUCAUCUUUUGCUUACAGGUCGUUUGUUGAAAUGACGCGCAAAAUAUUGCUUGCUGCAAGAGAGGCCCACGUACCAUACUUCGUCAUGGUCGGGGGAGCUGGUAGUCUGGAGAUACCGGAUAAGCCUUACAUGACGGCUGCCGACGAUGCGAGGUUCUUCACAGCGUACGGCAGAGCAAUGCUAGCCAGCGAGGCCUACAUAAUGCACUGCCAAGACUGGGCAGGAGACUUUGCGACAAGGUUACGGACAGCUCGCGAUGCGUGGCUUGCAGAACGAGAUGGGAAGGGAACCGAGGCGACGAAGAAGGUUCUAGAGGACAUGGAGAAGACCAUGGCGGAUAUGAACAGCCAAGGGGUGGACUUCAUCACAGGGGCUCGCGCCACGUAUAUGUUCUUUGACGGCAACACGUCUUUCAAGUGGACAUACAUAGCUCCUCCACCGCUAUAUCGGCCUGGGACAAGGACCGGACUGUACACGGUUGAGCUCGACAGGAUGCCCCUUCAGCUUCAGAAAGGUGCGGAAAGCGGUGAUAGCUUUUCGAUAUUUGAUGGGCGUUUGCAGAGCAUCUCGGUUCCAGAUAUGGCAGUUGCUAUUGCAGACGAGGUUGAGCAACAGACUAAGGUUUGGAAGCACUGGUGUCCGUAUACAUAUGGUCUUGAUGACAGGCCUGGUCCAACUUAUGUCACACUUACAUAG